AUGGGUCACCCAGAAAGACCUAAGAGAAUUGCUUUGACCUAUGCUCUUCUCUCUUUGCUACUUCGCUUCGUCUCCGCACAAUCACAGGUACUGUACCUCUGGUAUGGUAGGCGGUGUUAUGAGAGAAGUAGGGGUGAGAUGAUCAUGAUGAUUUAUGAGAAAGCAUUGUCUAGAAAAAACGUCUUUGACCAGCAGUUGAAAAGCGAACAAGAGUCUGAACCUACCGAUGGAGAUUGUAGUGAUGAUGAUGCUGAUCCUAGCUCCAAGAAGAGAAAGCUUUGUGGAUUACUCCAUCUGAAGCGAAGUUCUCGCAAAGACAAGCCCAAAACAGCGGCAUCUAUGGGUAAAAUCUUCAAUCUACUACGAGGGGAUGCUUACGAAGUAGCCCAGCGUUUCUGGGAGGUUGACACUCUCGUUGAUAAACCAAUAGGGCUGAUCAUUGCCAUUGCGCUUGUUUGGAAAUUGCUUGGCCCAUCGUGCUUUUUGGGCAUCAUAGCUAUUAUAAUUGCCCAAGCAAUUAACGCCAUUAUCACCCGCAUACUUCUCCAGUGGGAACGCAUCCGCAGGCUGGCAACCGACGCCAGGCUUCAGGUUUCCACCCAGUUUGUGGAAGCCCUUCGUCACCUUCGUUGGUAUGGCUGGCAAGAUCAUUGGCUCCAGCAGGUCAUGGAUGCUCGGCAAUCUGAGUUGAACCUUCGCAUCAUAACUAGUUUAUGGAACGUUUUGAUCCGUUUCGUCAACGCUUUCGCAAGCGGAUUGUUUCCUGUAGUCGCUUUCUAUGCCUAUACGAUGUUGGCCGGGCACCCAUUGCGUAUCGACAUUAUAUUCCCUGCUCUGCAGCUUUUCACGAUGUUGGAGACUCGCCUACGAGACCUUCCUGGCCUCAUUACCGUACUCAUCAAUGCAUCCAUCGCGAUGGAAAGAAUUGAAGGUUUUAUGCAGGAGCCAAACAAAGAGGAAAAGAAUGCUACUUUCUCCUCCGACUUUUCGCUCGCGCUCGAAAACUGUUCUUUCGCGUGGCCCGGAAAAGAAUUGCCUGUGCUUUUGGAUGUGAAUAUGAGAAUCUCUGAAGGACUGACAGUCAUUUGCGGCAAGGUCGGAGCUGGAAAGACUGCUCUAAUUCAAGCUUUAUUAGGCGAGCUAGAUCGUCUCAGGGGUGUAUCACAUAUUCCGAACGAGAUGGUCGGGUUCUGUUCUCAGACACCUUGGCUACAAAGCAUGAGCAUUCGGGAUAACAUCUUAUUUUCCUCUCCCUAUGACGAGCAGCGGUAUAAACGAGUCCUGGAUGCCUGCGCCUUACUUCCAGACCUCGCCAAUUUCAAACACGGAGACAUGUCAUUUGUAGGGGAGAAUGGCAUCGGUCUCUCAGGUGGACAGAAGGCACGCGUUGCUCUUGCUCGAGCAGUAUACAGUACAGCAAGAAUUCUGCUUCUUGAUGAUCCGCUUUCUGCUCUGGACCAUAAUACAGCUGAAUUAAUAGUCCGUAAAUGCUUCUCGGGCCCUUUGAUGCGGAAUCGAAUUGUUGUCCUUGUCACACAUCGCACACACCUUGUUAACCACAUCGCAGAUCAAAUUAUCAAUGUGCAUGAUGGUCAAACUACAAUACAGGGCCGACAGUCUGCUCUUUUGUCUCAUGAUGAUAGCUCCAAUGAAACUUUGUCUUCUCAUACAGUCGACAGUGAGACACAAGACGAGUCAACGAUUGAAGUUGAGACGGCAGCGGUGCCACAAAAGUUCAUCGAAGAGGAGCACCGCGCAGAAUGGGGUGUGAAGGCCAGAGUUUACUGGAGUUACAUCAAGGCAGGCAAAUACAAAUGGUGGUCUGCACUGGUCGCCGUGGUAGCAGUGUUUCGACUGACGUCUGUUGCACAAUCAUGGUUCCUUAAGGAAUGGGGUGAGGCAUAUAACCAGCCCGCUUUAUUAUUUGGACACUCGGAAUCAAACGUGGUAUUUUUCUUCAGGGAAUGGGCUGUAUACCCAACUUCACUAGGCACAGCUAAUUGGAUACCGAAGAACACAAUGGACAAAUUACCUCCCCCAAUGGAAGAUGUUCGCCCAUGGCUACUGGCAUUCUUUGCUAUCACUGUUUCUCAAUCAGUGAUCGUCCUGCUUGCGCAGCUCUUAAUGCUGGCCAUCGUCUACUGCGCGGGGAAAUCGCUUUUCCAACAGGCCAUGGUAUGCGUCAGUCAUGCCACUUUCCGAUUUUUUGAUGUCACUCCAAUUGGGCGUUUGAUGAAUCGACUGACAUCAGAUAUCGGAGUUGUUGACGGAAACAUCAGCCAGCAAUUCCAAAUCAUCGCAUUCCAAGCCAUCACAUGGAUUUCAUCGAUUCUAGUGAUUGCUUCAGUGACGCCCACCUUCCUUGGGUUCUCCUUCCUCCUUACUGCAACUUUUAUAUUCACGUUUCUGCAAUUCCUACCAACCUCACAGAGUCUGCGGCGACUGGAAAUGGUGUCGCUGAGUCCUUUAAUAUCCAAUUUCGGGGAGUUAUUACAUGGCUUAACCACUGUGCGCGCGUUUCACGCAGAAAUGCGCUUCCAGGAACGAGUCAUCGCGGUUGUGGAUAAAUUCCAAGGCAUGGAUCAUUUUUACUGGUCACUCCAGAGCUGGCUGAUAUAUCGCUUCGAGAGUCUGUCGGCGAUUUCCACGUUCUGCCUGACGGCUCUUGCAUUAUACACGAGCGUGCCUCCAGGCCUUGCAGCAUUUGUUCUUAUAGCCGCGAACAACCUGGUAGAGGCCACCCACGGGCUAUGCAAGCAGUAUGGCCAGCUCCAAAUGGACUUUGUCUCCGUGGAGCGAGUAGACGAACUACUCCACGUGGAAGAAGAAACUCCUGGGACAAUCGAUCCCCCAGCCUCAUGGCCUAAAUUCGGCCACGAUAUUACAUUCGAAGACGUCACAAUCCGCUACGCUCCUCAUCUAGAUCCUUCCCUUAAUAACAUCUCCCUCCGAAUCCCCGGGGGAUCCACCACGGCGAUCAUUGGCCGCACAGGCAGUGGGAAGUCCACACUCGCUAUCUCUCUUCUCAGCGUGGUCCGACCCGAAUCCGGUCGCAUCCUGAUCGACGACAUCGACAUCGCGCAAGUGAACACCCAAGCCCUACGCACACGCGUCACCUUCGUCGCGCAAGACCCCGUCUUAUUCCCGGGUAGCAUCCGGCUCAACCUCGACCCAACGUGCGAUUAUACCGACGAGGAAUGUGCCGACGUCCUCAGAUGUAUCUGUGGCCGACACGGCUGGACCUUAGAUACACAUGUUGAAGCCGGUGGUCGGAACCUUAGCCAGGGUGAACGGCAAUUAAUUGGUCUGUCGCGGGCAGUUCUGCGUCGGAGCUCGAUUGUCAUUCUGGAUGAAGCAACAGCAUCCAUCGACCAUGAAAGUUCAUUGGAAAUCCAGCAGAUAAUACGAGAGGAAUUGAAAGAGUCGACGGUGAUUACUAUAGCGCAUAGAUUGGAGGCAAUUAAGGACGCGGAUUAUUAUAUUGUGUUAGAUCAAGGUAGUGUGUCUAGACAGGGAUAUGUCAGGGACAUGUAA